AUUUAUAUGCCAUCAAUCCUCUUCCAAAUUCAUCAUGCAUAGCAUACUACCAAGUCCUUCUACUGACCUAUUCAUAUAGGAGGGACCAAGUGGCUGAAACUGCUGACGAAAAAUCAUGUCUGGUCGUUGUGCUUUCACAGUCAUACAAACUGCUGCAAGGUUCUGAGUGUCACCACACAAACCCAAAUACAUGAUAAGUUAUUGAGCGAUAAAUUUACAAUUGUACUUUUCUCGCGGUUUGACGGUGAAUCCUUUCAAUUUUAUGCAUGAAUCAAGGGAUUCCCAAGUAUACAUGUAUGUGCGCGUUGUGUGUGAAAUUGAACUCUCCAACAUGCAAAUUCGUCGGUGGAGAAAGAAUUAACCUGCUACAGAAUAAAGAGCAAGGGAGGCUGAUAAUGGACGACACUGGUGGGGUCGAUCUCCAACUGGCACGUUGCAUGUUCGAAAAGGCUCCACCUGGCAACACUCCUUCCCAAUAAGACGAACAAGGCCGCGCCCGCCUCUGACUGUUCCUCUUCCCGUCGCUAUUCCUAACGCUCGAAUGAAUUCGAAUACUCUUUAAUUAGGUUUUAAUACCUAAUAAAAGAAACUUUUGUGGGCGCAAUAAACACUAUCCUUAUCCUAUCUUCUCUGUCGAGCUGCUGCCGGGGGAACUCCCAUGGCCGAUGUGCAUCUGCACUUACUCGUCAUACUGACAGUACUGAUAACCGUUAGAGCACGUGCGCAGCUUCCAGGCACGUGGGAGCUGCUACUAGAGAACGCUGGCAUCGCCUCCAUGCACACAGCCGUAACGCACGACGGCACCGUUGUCCUCCUUGACCGCACCGAUAUCGGGCCUUCCCAGUCUCAACUCAGUUCCGGACAUUGCCGCGUUGAUCCCACCGACCGACUCCUCCCGCGCGGCGACUGCACCGCUCACUCCGCUCUCUUCGACCCGUCAACGAACACCCUCCGCCCACUUUCCAUUAUCACCGACACCUGGUGCUCCUCUGGCCAAUUCCUCCACGAUGGAACACUCAUCCAAACAGGUGGCGACAUGGACGGCUUCCGCCGCAUCCGUUCCUUCUCUCCCUGCAACAACCACCGUUGCGACUGGGUCGAGCUCAAGUCCCCAUUGCUCUCCGCCGGCCGCUGGUACGCCACCAAUCAGAUCCUCCCCGACGGGACUAUGAUCAUCGUUGGUGGCCGCGCUGCACCAUCCGUCGAGUUCUACCCCGCAGUAGGCCGCCAACUACAUCCUUUCCCCUUCCUCGCUGAGGCCGGCGACAGACAAAUGGACAACCUUUACCCAUUCGUCCACCUCCUCCCCGAUGGCCACCUCUUCGUAUUCGCCAACGCUCGUGCCGUCCUCUACAACCCGAGCACCGGCCAGGUCCUCUUCGAAUACCCCAUCCUCGAGGGCGGGCCCCGCAACUACCCCUCCGCGGGGUCAUCCGCCAUGCUGGCGCUCGACCCGGCCGACGGAUACACGAAAGCUGAGAUCUUGGUGUGCGGUGGAGCCCAGUACGGCGCGUUCCUCCACCGGGACACGGAUGCCCUUGCCGGCACAACAUGCGGCCGGAUAAUAGCGACGGACCCAGACCCGGCCUGGGCCAUGGAGGAGAUGCCAUUCCCGAGGAUAAUGGGCGACAUGGUGAUGCUUCCAACUGGGGAUCUCCUCGUCAUCAAUGGCGCUCAAGCCGGUGCGCAAGGCUUCGAGAUGGCUUCCAACCCGUGCCUCAACCCGGUUCUCUACCGGCCUAAUGAACCAGCCGGUCUCCGAUUCAUGACACUGAACCCAGCCGCCGUUCCUCGAAUGUACCAUUCCACCGCUAAUCUCUUGCCAGACGGGCGUGUUCUUGUGGCCGGGAGCAAUCCGCACUAUUUCUACAAGUUCAAAGCAGAGUUCCCAACAGAGCUCCGCUUAGAGGCGUUCUCUCCGGAGUAUCUGUCAUCAGACAGGGCCAACAUACGACCGGCCAUCGAAGCGGCGCCGGAAAAAGUGGGUUACGGGAUGGAUUUCGAGGUGGAAGUGGUGGUUUCGUUACCAGUCGUCGGGGUGGUGGAAUUGAACCUGGCCAGCGCGCCGUUCGCCACGCACUCGUUCUCGCAGGGGCAGAGGCUGGUGAGGCUAGCGGUGUCGCCGCCGGUGGAGGUGGCGGGUAAUGAUGGGGUUCAUAGGUAUCGGAUCGGAUGCAAAGCGCCGCCGCGCGGGGAGGUUGCACCGCCCGGUUACUACAUGGCGUUUGCGGUCAACCUAGGUGUGCCCAGCGUGGCGAGAUGGGUCCAGUUGGCAUCAAUAUGACAAUAUCAUCAUAGAACAAGACCUGUCCCACUGAAAAAGUGAAAAUAGAAAGACACCCUUCUUUUACUUGAUAAAUCACUUUUAAGGCAUGAUCUCUACCUCAUUUAAGGAGUAAAUAAAUUCAUUUUCUUUAGUUCAGAAAAGCAAUCGUAAAGUUAAGGCAGUGUGAUUGUUCUUGCUUGCUUUUGGAGCGUGGCUCCGACCAUGUGCAAGAGAAUUGAUUCGUGUUUAUAGUGGGUUGUAUGAGGUGGACGCCAUUUGACAUGCAACCCCGCACGACAAAGCGAAAUAAUUGUUAAUCAGUAUCUGCGGAAUCAUUUGAUUGAAUGUGUGAAGUCAUCAAUUCACCAGAACAACAAUGUUAAAAGCAACGCAUGCCACCGAAAGGAGAGGAGUACCUCGAGUCUUUUUACUUUUAUGAAAGUUUUCU